AUGGAAGGUUCAAAGUGUCACGAAUGUGGAGAGCGUGUAAGUGAUGGUCUGGAUGAAUAUGUUUACCACUUAAAAUAUGCACACGGACUUACAAUCAAUCGAGGAUGCAGUAACUCCGGUUUUCCAUGUGCCAAGGAAGGAUGUCUAAGGAAAUUUAACUUAUUUAGUUCAAUGCGAAGACACGUACAAACAUUCCACGCAGAUGAUUUCGACCAAGAAGAUGUCGCCAAUCCUGUUGACGAUGCAAAUAACGAAGUUCACGGAAAUGAAUUGCCCAUCAAUGCAAAUAAUGAUGAAUUUGCGGAGAUCAAUGGAAAUGAUGAAAAUCAAGGUCCGUAUCUUGAUGGCGACUAUGAACGAGUGGAAGUUGAUUUGCGGUUGUCUGUUGUACAAAUGAUUGGUAGAUUGCAAGCAAAUAGUGCAAUGACCGGAAGUGUGUUGUCAGAAAUUAUUGAUGAAUGUGAAGAAUUAUUAUUCGAUGUAUUAAAUUCUUACAAACAACGAGUUAAACGAUUUUUUCAGCGUCGGCAUAUGAUUAACGACGAUGAUGUAAAAGAUUUAUUACAGACUUUUGAAUUUGAUAGCUCUUUUGAAGGUUUGCACACUUUGGAUCAACAAAUCGACUCCCUUAAAGAGUACUGCGGAUAUAUUGGGUCCACAGAAAUGCCACUCGGUAAAAGACGAGAUCAAACGCUUGAUAGAGAGACAGGAACACAUUUACAUAAUGAAGUAUUUGAGACCUUCCAAUACGUUCCAAUAAUUGAAAUCUUGACUUUAGUUUUAUCUAACAAGCAUGUCAAGCAAUCAAUUUUGUCUGAACGAAAAUCCGAAGGAGACAUCAAAGGCGGUUUCAUGGAUGGAAAAUAUUUCGAAAAUCAUUCCUUCUUGCAGAGAUUUAGAAAUGUCAUCAGAUUGGAACUUUACGCUGAUGACGUCGAAAUUGUCAAUCCGUGUGGCUCAAAGACAGGUGUGCAUAAACUGACGAUAUGGUACGUUAGAGUACAAAAUGUACCUCAUCAUCUAAAUUCACAAAAUGGCAGUAUACACGUGUUGUGUAUAUGUUAUACGGAAGACAUGAAGAAGUACGGCUACAAAAAAAUCUUAAAGCCUCUCCUACAUGAUCUUGAACAACUGGAGUCUGAUGAAGAACAGGUUAUCAUUCUCGGAGAAGAGGAAUUUCUACUGAGAGCAACUGUUGUUGCUUUCUGCGGAGACGGUUCGGCGGUUCACGAAGUCUACGGCCUACUUGGUCCAGCAGCUGAUAAAUUUUGCAGAAUGUGCCUUAUCAGUAGAGAAGAAUUGCUGCAAGGAGAUGUAAUGCCGAAGGAAGAAAGAACGGAAGAAAUAUUUGCGCAGCACAUGAAUUUAACCAGAAACGCUGGCCCAAAUGCUGCUGCUGUUGAAACGGAGACUGGAGUUCGCGGUGAAUGUUGUCUUGAAGGUUCAAAAUAUUUUAGUAUAACGAAAAAAGAAAAUCUUUGA